CACACACACACACACUCACACAGAGUCAUACACACAGCUCAUCUUUCAGACCAUCCCCUGCUCAUCAGCUCCAAGCGCGCGCGAGAGGCCGAGUCUGAAGCCAGCUGCAGGAGGCAGUGCCAGGACCUCAGCUGCCAGGGAGAGACGGAGCCUGUGGCUGGUGAGUCCGCCGAGCAGGGCCAGGCCAGGCCCUGCCCACAAGGACGCCCAAGCCCUUCACCGGCCCCUGCGCCUGGGAGCCCACCAGGCUCUCCCACUGGCUCCACCAUGACUUCGGAGCCCACGCCACCCCCGGUCGUGCCCCCGCUCCACUCCCCCAAGUCCCCUGUCUGGCCCACCUUCCCAUUCCACCGGGAGGGCAGCAGGGUCUGGGAGCGAGGCUGUGUCUCAUCUCGGGACCUGCCCAGUCCCCUGCCCACCAAACGGACCAGGACGUAUUCAGCGACAGCCCGUGCCUCGGCUGGCCCCGUGUUCAAGGGUGUCUGUAAGCAGUUCUCACGCUCACAGGGCCACGGCUUCAUCACCCCGGAGAACGGGUCAGAGGACAUCUUCGUGCAUGUGUCUGACAUCGAGGGGGAGUACGUGCCAGUGGAAGGCGACGAGGUGACCUACAAGAUGUGCCCUAUCCCGCCCAAGAACCAGAAGUUCCAAGCCGUGGAGGUGGUGCUCACCCAGCUGGCUCCACACACUCCCCACGAGACGUGGUCCGGCCAGGUCGUGGGCUCCUAGGCUGCUGGCCCCGUGCCAGCCGCCAGGCGUGGGGGGAGCCACACAGGGUAGAUGGGCAGCAGCCAGCUCCACGCCCCACGGCACUGGCUGAGCCGGUCCCCCGGGCGGCCUCGGCGUGCACGUGUGUCUGUCUGUGCUUGUGGGCGUGAGUGUGUGCCUCCACCUACCCCGUGACUGUUGUGUGAGCUGGAGCGAGGGCAAGGCCACCAGACCUGCCUUCCCUGCUUUCCACUCUCUCUCCUUCCUCCCCUCCCUGCCACACACGCACAGGACCCUCUUGCCCUCCUAACACCCAUGUGCGUGUCCACUGAGCCUCUGAGGGCCUGCGUCAGGCCUGGGCUGGGAGUCGGGGCAGCAGUGGGCCCUGCCCCCCCGCCCCUUACAAGCUUGCUCCCCUUGCCUCUGCUCCAGGCCUGGCCCUGGGGGCCAGACUCUGCUUGUGCUACUCACACACAGCCCCCUCCCCCCGGGCUGGGGUCUCCCACUGUGACCUGGACCCCUCCUCUCAGAAGCCAGGCCACUGAGUGCUUUGGGGGAGCCUCCCGGCCUCUUGCCGGGGAAGAGGGUGAAACCCGGGGCAGAAAGGCCACCCCCUCGCGCCCCCCAUGGCCAAGGCCCAGCCUUCCCUCCUUCCUGCUCGCUCUCAGCACACUUGAGGCAGGAAAGAGGGGCCUGGGGCAGAAGGCAGUUCUGGGGGCUCCGGUUUUGCUGGCCAGCGCCUCCUCCUCAGCCUGGCAGUGGCUUUGGCAACCCCAAACUGAGGCUGUGUCUACUUCCCUGGGCCUCGCUGAGCCUUGCUGCCUUGACUCCCCCCCGGGGAGGCAAAGGUCUGCAGAGGGGUGGGAGCACGGCUCCCCCCGCUUGGAUGGAGCCAUCCCCUUUGCCCUGACUCACAAACCCCACUGAUGCUCUGCCCGUGCCCAGCCAUCAUGGCCACUGAGGACCCAGCGACGGACGAACACACAGGCCCUCAGGCGAGCCAGCCACAAGGACAGCUCUCAGCCUGGGAGACCACCAGCCCUGCAGCCCCCCCUGCUGGACCCUCUUCCCAAAGCCAUGGGAUAGUGGCUCCCACUGGCCACCAACAGGCCAGUGGCUGAGGUGUGGCCUGUCUUGUCCAUCCCUUAAGGUGUGGGGCAUCCCUCUUCCUUUUGGGCCAGGAUGUGUUUGCGUGCAUUCACUCCUGGGCAGGGGGUUGGCCUGGCCUGGGAGGUCAGGACGGAGGGGGUCUACCUCCAUCCCCCCACCUUCCCACCACACUCCCCUCCAAAGAACACAUCACCUGAUGGGGGAAGAAAUGGGGUUCAAGGGAGGACCUGCCAGGGAGUGAUCCUUAUGAAACCCAGUCUCAGUGAAACAGAUGCCAAGGAUGUGGGGGUCAGUGACUGUCUAGGAGGAUCCCCAGCCCUGUAGGUGCCCCAAGGCCCCAGGGGAGACACCAGCUGAGGUAUGUGUAUCUCACCCCUGUCCCCAGCACAGAGGCUGGAAGACCAGAGCUGCUAAGAUGCACUGGCCAGCCCCCUAAAACUCAGAAUGGCCCAGCCUGACCCCCACGUUGAGCUGGGGCUACUCUAGUAAGGCCUGAGGCCUUUCCCCUGAGGAACAAGGCUCCCUGUAUUCCCUGGCGGAAGGUUAACUCUUGGGAACCCCCAAGACACCCUCCCCACACACACACCAGGAGUAGGCCCCCGCUUUAGGCACCAACCAGGAAGCAGGCUGUGGUAACGUCAGCCCUGGGGCCGCCCCACAGCGUCCAGUCCGACCUCCUGAGACCCCCAGCCACCUGGACUCCCCCAUCCUUCCUCACACUGGCAAUAAACCCUCAACUGUGACUCA